AUGGCCUCGUUUUUCCACACAGAGGUUUUAAAGAAGUUUCCGCCGGAUUCCGACGUCUCUCGUAGCUGUCGCUACUGCAAGCAGCACUUCACUUGUGCCAAGGAUAAUAUCGACUACAUGGUUGAACACUUGAAGGAAAACCACUUGAAGACCUAUAAUAAACUCAGGAGAGCCAUGAAAAAUGUCGUCGAAGAUUCUGAAUCAGUGAGUUUACAGAUUUUCGAAUUUCUCUUGUUUUAGGUACCUUCUAGAUAAUUUAGCCCAAAUUAAGGCGUAACGACCGAUAGUUGAUGCGUUUCUCUGAUGUAAAUUUGUUUCAGGACGAAUCUUCUGGCAGUAUCACCGAAGAACGGAUUGUUUCGCACAGUGUUCCCGACUCAGAAGUUAUUUUUCAUGUUCAGCAGUGGAGCAAUGGAGAAUUAUACGAGAAGGAUCAGAGAAUGGAAGAUUUGAUGGUAAGACGUUAACCAUCGCCAAAAACCUUUGUUUAUAAUUUUUGAGCGCAUUAGGAACUGAUUUAAUGAAUGAUCAGAAAAAUAGUAUAUUGUUUUAGGUAUCAAUUUCCGAUGUCUUAUAUUUUCAGACUCCAAAAGGUCAAAAACUUUUAACUGCUUAUAUGGGUAUGAUGCAACAUUCUUCGAAGUUUGAGGACUCUUUCCAGUGAGUUUUUGUAUGUUCUUUUCAUUUUUUAGAGUUCAUUUGGUCUAUUACAUUAUUGUAGGUCAAAAAAUCUAAAGAAGAAUAAAGGAAAGGGACCAGGGACCAAGAAGAUGUCCAAGAAAACGUAUGUCAUCGAAAGAGUGUUGGGCCACAAGCGGAUUGAUGGAAGAUUGCACUAUCUGAUUCGCUGGGAAGGUUAUGGAAGUUCUGCCGAUACUUAUGAGCCGAUCGAAAGUUUUUCGGCAGGUUUUUUGAUGAAUUUUUGUUUAAUCGAAGAUUGUAUCAAGUAUUUAUAGGGUUCAGGUCGAAUUUGCUAAAAACUCAAUUACCUGCUUUCAGAGUGUUGCUCUUAUCGCCAUCCACAACUACGUUGAUAAUGCUUUGAAAAACGGGACCUUGAUCGAACCGCCUACCCAGUAAGUUUUCUAUUUUCUUAUUCUUUCGGAUUUUUAGUUCAUCUGGCUCUUCCUCGCCCACCUCUCCCAUCGAAGGUGACAAAGUUAUUGCUGUUGCGUUGGAGAACAUCCGAAUUGCGCGAAAGAUGAUCGAUGGGACCAAGGAAAUGAAUGUCGAAGAGGUCCAAAAGUCUCUGAGAUCGGCCAAGAGGUCCUUGAAGACUCUUCAAAAAAUCCCGAUGGUUGGCCAAAGCCCCAUCGAUAAGCCAAGGGCGUUUGCGAGAAGAAGUGUGCCGAAGAAGCCGGCGCCGCCCAAAAAAGGCAAAGAUUUAAGUGCGUUGUAUCAGGACAUCAGAAGAAUGAAGAAUACCAAGUAUGAAUUUCUUGAUCGCAUGGAAUCACCCAGCAGUUCCAGAUCGCACAGCUCUUGUCUGAUCAAUGCGGAUGGAGAUCAUGGUAAGACGGGGGUUUUCAUAGGAUAAUGGGAAGAUUUUGCGUUAAUUUUGGUAAAGCUUGGACAGGCCAAAAGUUUUUUGUGAUAAUGUUGACCAAUUUAGACUGUUUUGGAAAAAUUCGCGCUAAAUCCGAACCUCCUUUUCGCCAGCUAAGCCAUCAAUAAAUCCUUGCGUCAUCCACCAUCUUUUCGAAUUGGAUCUCGCAUAGUUUCAGUAGCUGUUAUUUUGUUAUUUUUCCAGUGUUUACAGUAAUAAAAAAGUGAAGAAAAAUGACUACUGGGAGCCUUCUGAAUAUCGCGGCUACAAAAAUCCGUAGUUUUUACCUAAAAUUUUUUGUUUUUAUCUAAUCUUUAUCUAAAAAAUCUUUUCAGGAUCCCCUCCAAAACCCCCCGAACUCGACAAAUCUCCACUGCUCCAGCCCGAAAAAUCCGCACAGAACGAGGCGAACAACACGGAGAGGAGCUUCUGCUUUGACGAAAGCUUCUUCGCCAGCGCGGACUUUCAGAAUCUCGAGGCGGUCGUGAGGGAUGAAUCCGUCAACAUUUCUACGUGUGUUGAAGGAGCAGAGACAGAAGUGGACGAAAGCUCCGCCAUCCGUCUGCUCAAAGAGGUCUGGCGGGACACUGGGGACGACUCCGUUGUUCCGAGUAAUAAAGAAUCCAUGGAGCAGUUGGGGUUUGAUGUAGAAAGUUGGUGA